AUGGCUGCAAUCAUCAAUCAACGCGUCGACCAAGGCGAAUCGAGUAUGGGAGGCGCCAAACCAACUCUCCUUCACAAAAUCGCUGGCCACGUGGCACGAAUCAACGAUGUGAUCCUUCUGUCGAAAGACGAGGGCGUCUGGACGGCAAGCGACGAUAGAUCCGUUCGUUUGUACCUGAAAAGGGAUAAUGAUCAGUUUUGGCCGUCGAUUCAUCACUUUAUGCCUGUGGCACCGACGUGUCUGUUCUACAGUGAGGAGACUUAUAAACUCCUCGUCGGCCUGAUCAACGGAAACGUCUACGAAUUCAACGUGGCCGACGACUUCAACAGUAUGACAGAAUCCCGGAAAUGGACAUGCCACGCCGGACCAAUCUCUGGCCUAGGCUUCGCCCUCUCCUCUGAGCUCAUCUUCAGCUGCUCGCGUGACAAAUCAAUCGUCUGGCAUUGCUCAGAGAACUCGAAUAAGGUCGGAUCGUACCUUCUGGAGAACAGCUGCACGGCGAUGGUCAUCGAUUUGCCGUUUGUGUUUGUUGGCGAUCACGGCGGACAUGUUACUGUACUUCGGAUUAUUGAUAAUCAACCGAAUCUGGUUAGCAAGCUCAGCGCGCAUACUAACUCGAUCACAUCAUUGACAUGGGAUGGCAAUAAGAAGGUGUUAUACUCGGGAUCCAGUGAUCAUCUCAUCAUAAUGUGGGAUAUUGGAGGCGGAAAAGGAGAGGCUUAUGAGCUGAAUGGUCACAAUGGAAAAGUGACAACCCUGUGUGCGGCACCGGCCGCGAAACGACUCUUCUCAGCAGAUGAGCACGGGAAACUAAUGUGCUGGGACAUGGACGUGCGUCGUGUCGAGACGCCCGAAUGGAAGACGUCCGACUGCUGUCAGAAGUGCAAUCAACCGUUCUUCUGGAAUCUUCAGGCGAUGUGGCAACGCAAGGUCGUCGGACUGCGACAACAUCACUGUAGAACGUGUGGAUCGGCUGUCUGCGGGUCGUGCUGUGAUAAUUGGACCACUUAUCCGCCGAUGGGAUACGAGACCAAAGUUCGAAUUUGUAACGAUUGUGCUGGAAGGAUGAAGGAGAAUCCCGGCAAUUUCGACCUGACCCCACUGGCUAUCCCACACGAGAUUCGCACGGGCAUCACUGCGAUGCAUCUUCAGGAGACGUUGGGUCUUCUGGUGACGUCUGGACAGAAUCGUGUCGUCAUGAUUUGGGAUGUUCGAAGCGUUUGCUCCGCCCCCUCGGGAUCCGGGGGACACUAA